GCAGUGUUGAACAUGCCCUGAGCCCAGCUAGGGUGUUUCUGCCCUUGCCUGUGCUGCUGCUCUAGCCCUAAUCCACCGUGGACAGAACUGAACAGGACCACUCUCCAUAUCUCCCGUUCCAGAUCUUCACACCUGCCCAAGUGUCUCUACUCCUGACCCCAGAAAUAGCCCCUUUUGCCCUGUUCCAUGUGACCCCGGUCCUGCCUGUCCAGCCCAAUUUGCACCCCCACAACCUUUCCCCUAGCCAUUACAGCUUCCAGUUCCCUACAGCUUUUCCCAAAUCUCUCUGCCCCCAGUGCCCUCCAUCUCGCUGUACCCUAGUGUCUUCCCAGACCUUCCUAGUCCUGUGCCACUUACAGGUGCUGACUAUUACACCUGUUAUGGGGAAGCCUUUGCCUUCUGACUCCAAGGGGACCUAGGACACCAGCUACGGGGAGGGAUCUACAGCAGGGUGUUCAUGGUGCUCCUUUCUUCUGCUGUCUCAGACCAACCUCUCCAUGCUCCAUUGAGCUGCCAGUAUCUUUGAUUUCCAGCCUAGCUCCUGCCCCAGGGCCCAGCGUGGCCCCAUUUGCUGUGAUGUCCGCAGGAGAAGCCAAGUGCCACCCGCUGGUGCAGGCACUCAUUCACCUCGCUGCAGGGGCAGCAGGGGGUGUGGCAUGCGUGGUGAGCGGGCAGCCUUUUGACACAAUCAAGGUGAAGAUGCAGACCUUCCCCACCAUGUACCGGGGCUUCUUUGACUGCUCGAUCAGGACGUACCAGCAGGAGGGGCUCCGCGGGCUGUACCAGGGGACCCUGCCAGCCCUGCUGGCCAAUGUGGCAGAGAACGCCAUGCUGUUUGCUUGCUACGGGUUCUGCCAGCAGCUGGUCAGGCAGCUCUUUGGCUUGGGCAGCGUGCAGGAGCUGAGUGACCUGCACAGUGCGCUGGCUGGCUCCUUCUCCUCUGUCUUUUCCUCCAUGGUCCUGUGUCCCACUGAGCUGGUGAAGUGCCGCAUGCAGGCUUUGCAUGAGAUGAAAGUAACUGGGCGGGCAGCGAUAUCCUGUCACAGCUCGACCUGGGCUGUGGUGAAAGCCAUUUUUCACUCCAAGGGCCUGCUGGGCUUUUUCCAGGGUCUGACCAGUACAUGGCUGCGGGAGGUACCUGGCUACUUCUUCUUCUUUGGCGGCUAUGAAGUCAGUAGAAGCUUCUUCACUCAGGCUGGGAAGGUCAAGGAAGAUCUGGGUCCCAUCCCUCUCACAGUGAGUGGCGGGGGUGGGGGGGCCUGUUUCUGGCUGGCUGUUUAUCCCAUCGACUCGGUGAAGUCGCGGAUCCAGGUGCUGUCCAUGGCGGGGCGGCAGGAUGGCUUCUUGCUCUCCUUACUGCACAUUUUGAGGACAGAAGGUUUUGUGCCUCUUUACUGCGGACUGAUGCCCACAGUGAUACGUGCAGUCCCUUCCAACGGAGCUCUCUUCCUUGCAUAUGAAGUCACCAGGAAAAGGCUAAUGGAGCUGCUUGACAGGACGGCCUGAGAUUGGAGGUCAAAGCCUUAUCCCAGGAGGGGCAUCAGGACAACUGUAUAUGAGACUUGUCUUGAGCUGACAAGGCCAAAUCCAUGUGUGAAGUUUCUCAGGGUGCUGGGUGGGGACAGACAGCUGUGACUAUCAUCAGAAGAGCCAUGUGACCUGCUCAGCUAUUUCAGUGCGGCAGCGAUUGGGCUCACCCCUAGAGAGCGCAGCCAUGCACCCUUUGACCUAGGCUGCUGCUUUCUCUAAGGCAUGUGCUGUUCAGUCUGUUGAGAACAAGGCUACUGUGUUCAACUGUGCUCUGGAGUGAGAGAACUGCAAUGCUCCUGCUGGCUUCAGCAGCUCGUGCAAAAUGUUUUUCCUUGUGUAAAUAACAAAGCUAAUCUUCCUGAGUGUUUGUGGGAAUUCAAUAAAGUCUCAGCUUGGAGAGGG